GGUAGUAUUUAUUUAUAAAAAACUUGUUUUUUCUUCCGAGUUUUGUUUUCUUGUUUUUUUUUUCUUGAUAGUGUUAUCCUUAUCAAUGGUUUUCUUUGUUUUCGACUACCUAGGUUUUUAAAAACUCAAGAUUAUAGUCAUUUUCCUUGUAGAAUGUAGAUUCGCAUAUCCGCCAUAACUCAUAAGCACGAUUUAAGUUAGCUAUAUUUUUAACAUAAAUCUAUUUAUUCUAUUUAAUCGUAAUCACAACUUGCUAUAAUCCAGUCCAGAGUCUUAGAAUAUUUUCCUAUAACCCAUGGUCAAACUCGUAAUAUUUUAUUUUAUGUCUAUGGGUCAUAACGUAGGAACAACUACAGAUACACAAUAAGUUAAUAAUCGAGCGUCUUUUUCAAUUUGUUUGCCAGAUCUACCCUACAUUUUACGGGAUAUAAUGGCUGAGUGGAACGAAAGUCAGUUACGAAAAUAUAACAUAAAAAUGGAAAAAAUACCUACCCUACAGUAUGAUGAUCCAAAAGUAGAUUCUCUUCUAAUAAAUAAUAAACCAGUAUUAAUCAAAGGAUCUAAAUUAGUUUCUCGUGUGUUAAAAUGGGAUUUGGAUUAUUUAACUGAGCAUAUUAAUUCAACAUGCUGUAAUGUAUUAAUAUCAAAAAAUCAUAAAUUCAAGUAUUAUGACCAAAAGAAAAUCACCCCUAAUAUGACAUUCAAACCAAUCAGUCGGCCAAGUCCUAUGAUAUUUUCAGAAUUUGCUAAAAAAAUAAAAGAUUGGAAAAAAGGAGAUUCCAGAUUAUACAUGCAACAAGUAUUGAACAACUCAAUUAGCCCACGUAUUGUUAGUGAUUUUGUUAUGUUCAAUUGGGAUUGGAUUAUUUCAAAACAAAAUGUGUGUAAAUGGGGUUCUCUGACUUCUAAUCUUCUUCUAAUUGCACAAGAAGGUAAUGUUACUCCGUGUCAUUAUGAUGAGCAACAAAAUAUGUUUGCUAGCAUUCGAGGAUAUAAAAGAUUUAUUUUGUUUCCACCUAGUGAAUUUGAGUGUUUAUAUCCACACCCAGUUCAUCAUCCUUAUGAUAGACAAAGUCAAGUAGACUUUGAUAAUCCAGAUUAUAUAAAAUUUCCAAAAUUCAAAGAAGCUUGUGGAUAUGAAGUUAUAGUUGGACCUGAAGAUGUCUUAUAUAUACCUAUGUAUUGGUUUCAUCAUGUUGAAUCACUGAUGCAUGGUGGCUAUACAGUUUCAAUAAACUUUUGGUUCAAAGCAGGCUCUGUUGAAAAAAUUGAGUAUCCUUUACUAGACCACCAAAAAAUGGUUAUCAUGAGAAAUGUAGAAAAAAUGUUAGCUGAAGCAUUACAUGAUCCAAGUGAAGUUGGGACUAUGUUGAAGACGAUUGUUUUAGGCCGAUACACAUCUGACACUAACUUAUAGUUCCCCUUAAAAUAUGUUUAUUAUUUAAAAAAAAUCUAAUAGAAUAAUAUUGAUUCAAACAAUAUUAUUAUUU